AGUUGUGGAGCUGCCAUUGCAGUUCAGUAGCUUCGUACGUGGUGUUUGUUAAAGAGAAUCGGGCCGGCUGUUGCGAAACGCAAGUGUGGUGGACUGUAUUUUUGUUUAAAUAGCAUGCGAAUGUUGAGAGUAUCGCCCCAAGAUAUCAUGGACGAUGAUGAGAAAGGCAAACUGUUUGUUGGUGGCCUGUCAUGGGAGACGACACAGGACAACCUGCAGAGAUACUUCACCCGAUAUGGAGAGGUGAUCGAUUGUGUUGUGAUGAAGAACGCGGAAUCGGGCAGGUCGAGAGGUUUUGGGUUCGUCACGUUUGCAGAUCCGACAAACGUGAACGUGGUGUUGCAGAACGGUCCUCACACGCUGGACGGAAGGACGAUUGACCCAAAACCAUGUAAUCCCAGAACAUUACAGAAGCCGAAAAAAGGCGGAGGCUAUCCCAAAGUAUUUUUGGGAGGAUUGCCUUCUAAUGUGACUGAAACAGACUUAAGAAGUUUCUUUACCAGAUUCGGAAAAGUUAUGGAGGUUGUCAUUAUGUACGAUCAAGAAAAGAAAAAGUCUAGAGGUUUUGGAUUCUUAUCAUUUGAAGACGAGGAAGCAGUUGACAGAUGCGUAUCAGAACAUUUCGUUAAUUUAAACGGCAAACAGGUUGAGAUAAAGAAAGCGGAACCACGCGACGGCAGCGGCGGUAACAAGAUGGGCGGGGCCGACCCAUCGUCCGCAUGGGGUCCCCCCCAGCCACCCAUGGGCAUGAUGCAGGGACCGAACGGACAGAUGGGCGGACCGCCAAUGAACCUUGGAGCGCCGAUGGGCCCGAACAUGAUGCAAAGCUACCAGGGAUGGGGAACGUCGCCGCAGCAGCAAAGCUACGCUGGCUACGGCACGCCAUCUGGUCCUGGUUCGUAUCAGGGAUGGGGUGCGCCGCCGGCGCCCCAGGGUCCGCCGCCGCAGUGGGGCAACAACUACGGCGGGCCGCCGCAGCAGCAAGGAUACGGGUCCUAUGUUCUGUCUGAUGUAGGUCCGAACGCGGGCAGCGGAGCUGCUAGCUGGAACAGCUGGAACAUGCCGCAGAACAGCGGCUCGACGGGACCCUCAGGGUAUAUUACAGGGGAUAUGUACUCGAGGCAGCAGUCUGGGCCCGGCGGCACCGCCACACCCAGCGCCGCCCCAAACAUGUCCUCCAACAGCGGCAGCUCGAAGCCCGGCUCUGAUUACUCGAACUAUGCGGGCUACGGAUCCUACUCCGCGGACGCGUCCGCAUACGGGCCGCCACGAUCUUACGGAAGCGACGCCGGAUCGCAAGUGGGAGGCUACUCGUCGCAACCCCCGAAUGCAGUUGGAAACGUGUUGGCUUGAUAAGUGUGAGAAGAGCAGCCGGAGUGGUUACAUCGGUACUCAAUUAUUCUGAUUAGACAGACAUAUGAGUUGCCGUCUCUCUAAUGGUCUCUAGUUGGGGGCGUCCGUCGUCGUCCGUAUGCAUUUCCACGGCCCGUUGUCGUUCUGUUGCCACUCGAUAUACCCUCGUAUCCAUGGUGGCCGCCCGUCUGCAAUACGCGGACACUAUCUAUAUAUCCCCCCUUUUUUGUUUUUUUUAUUAGUUUUUUCCUCGCAGAACCGGACCGCGAAAUGUCACUCAUUCCGUUUGCUUGCCCCCUCAAGUUUGCGUUGGUUUCGACACGUACACGUAAUGUUUAUUAAAUUUAUUAUGUAAUUGUGUUUAUAUUGUAUUGAAUUCUUGAUAAUCAGACUAUAGUUUUUGCUCCGUGUCGAAAUCAGUGCGCGUCGAAAAAUUAAUUUAUUUACAAAACUUAUAACAAAAAAUCCAGUGACUACGCGGUCCAGUGGACUUUUCGCGGUCCGAUCUACGUCUUAUUAUAUAUAUCUAUAUUUUUCGUAAAUAUUUGGCAUCAUUGAUCUUUAUCUAUGUGAAAAAAAUUGUAUUAAUUAGAAUUCUAACAUUUGAAAUACUACAGACAGACAGAAAUGUUGACUAAUUUUAAGCACCCCGCUCAAGUUGUUAACUUAUAAUGAUAUAUAUAAAAUUAGUGUAAAUUGAAGUUUUACCUCAUAUCUAUUCGGAAGUUGGAUUGUUUGUCUGGCACUGUCCUAGUACUACUAUUAUUUUUACACUGAACAUGUGAUUCCUACUCUUAGUAAGUAAGUAUUCUUUUAAACGUUAAGUUAAAUUGCAUUUAAACUAGUUAUUAUAAUUGUUUCGUAUUGUUAAUUUUAAUUUUACACGUAGUCCUUUUUGAUAUCUGAUGAUUUUUUUUUAUGUAAGUUCGUUGUUCUCUAGUCUGUUUAAUUGUUAUACUGGAUAAGAAAUUGAUGUAUUAAUUGUUGUACAUAUACUAUAUAAAUGUAUUUUUAUCUAAGUUAUAUACGGAUAAAUUGAACUUUGCCGACAGACAAUCUAAUCGAUUUUUACGAGUAAUAAGGAAUUGUUAAUUAUGUUAAGACCACUAUUUAAUAACUAUUAAGAUUGAUUAAUUUAUAUAAGUGAACUUACGCAAUUAACUGAGUAGUGCACAACCACCGAUUAGGUAGUUUAGGAUUACAUUAAGAUCUGGCUGUACUGUAGUAUGCUUAAGAUAGUGUUUUUAUCUUAUUUAUCCAUUUUUUUUUAAUUUAGUUAUACUUUGUUGUUUGAAAUCACACACACUCACAUGUCCUCCACUUUCCACUGCUUUUUUAUAUAUAUACAUAUUCGUCGGAAUGGAGGUCGACUAUUGAACUGACUCGAAUUUAUUCAAUUCCUUUUGUAUCUUGUACAUUUUAUUAAUUAUACACGUGUACAUUAUAAUUUUUAUCUAAUUACCUAUAAAAAAAAUAACUAAACAUAUUUUUACACAUAUUUAUUCUUAUUAUAUUACAAUAUAAUAACGGUUCAUAUUAUUUUUAGUCUCAAUUCAAAAGACUUUAUAAUCUAAACCAUCAGUGUCCUGAAUUAUUAGCUUAAGGUGUACAUUAAGUUGAGUGGUUGUGAUCUAUAAAGAAUUAUAAAAAUUAAUAAUAGAAUUGAAUUGAUUGAAAAUUUUUACGUGUAGCUAUUAAUUUCCGAUGCUCUAAGCACUGCGCCGGUUUGCCUAAAAACCUCAAGUGGCUACCAAAAAUCUAUAAUGUAUAUCUACUAGAUAAGCAGAGUAACUUAUUAUGACUGGUGAUUUAAUUAUAUUAAUUAGGAAAAGUAAAAUUCUGUCUGUCUGGGCCUCAUGUGUCUAUCUAAUCAUUAGUAAUUGGUGUUGUAUUCUAUGGCAUACUAUUAUUUUUUUUAACUUCAGUGUGACAAUCUAUAUUAAGCAAUGUUUAAAAUAGUAAUUUAGACGUAAAGAAUCUGUUGUUUUCUAGUUUUAAUUCUAAAUAUAUCUUUCGGUUGACACAGACCAAUAUUAGAGGUUAACAAAAAUUCGGUCUUUAAUUAGAUUAUAUAGUGGGUAAAUUUUAAUAUAUGCAGGGAGACAAUGCGUCCUUUUGUUACAACUGGGUCCUUUGCUGUUCAACACGCAAACGCCGCGUAAUUUGGGACGCGUUCACUUUAAACAUCACUCGAUAUUAAUUUAGUUGUGGCGCUUCCAAGUUGCGUGGUCGUAUCUUAAAAAAUAAAAUUUCGGACCUGUGUGGAACAAUUGGAAGAAAUUGUCAGUAGUAGACACGGUAUAUCCACACCCUGUAUUAUGUAAAUAAACAUAAUAUAUUCCCUUUCUAUGUGGUGGGGGAGUUACUGUAAAUACACACGACACAUUUAAUUAUUCUUACCUGAAUCGUCUACACAAUAUCGCACAGAACAUACUUAAGAAGACAAACUGACAACACACGUAAGCUCUAGAUGGAACACUGGACUGUGGAACGUAGACAUAAGACAUACCUAACACACCGAAAAUUGUAAAAUCAAAACUAACCAGCCACUGCUAAGUUAUAUUAUUAAUUAUACUUCGUAUUUAGAUAAGGAACUGUUGUAUAUUUCUACGGUACAGUUUUCCAUCAGUUGAGGCAUUUUCCGCGUAAAAUUUUAUGUAAGUUUGUGUUUAACAAUUUCGUAUUGAGGCGAGCUUUCGUAGUGCUACGGGGCAAUUAAAAUAAUUCGUUAUGUCGAGAUACACAGAGUGUGCAGACUUGUCGAUCUUUCUAAUUCCUUAAAUCAUAUUGAGUAGUUACAAGUUGGGGCGUGUUAUUAAAAUAUUAUUCCUGAUGUGUAUAUGUAGAUGAUUCUAUUUCAAAAGGAAAAAAUAUACAAGUAUGAUAAUAUUUGACGUUCACUGUACACACGAAUAUAUUAAUAUACAUUUACGCCGAUAAAUAGGUAUUAUUUAAAGUAGUCUUAGACUUUACAUUAAUACACUAAUACAAAAUAAAUCUACAAAUUAAUAUAGAUUAUUUAUAAAUUAUAUUUUAUAUUACAAUAUUACUGAUACUAGUUAAUUGAAUUGUUAGUGUAAUUAUAAAUUUAAAAUAGAGGAGUAAAAUUUAGAACAAUUUGACUGAUGUACAGAUACAGGAUAAGUUUUAAAUUUAAAGAUUAUACAAUAAAAAACAUAUACCUAACUGAUAGGGCCUUUAUGAUAGUGCAAUUCCUCAAGUGGUUUUAAUCUAGCGAAAUAGUUCUUUAUGUAAGAUGUUCUCAUAAUUUUAGAAUAAUUUAAAUUACUAGAGUAUACUCUAGCCAGCGACUUUAUGAAGUAUUUUUUGCUCAAAGAUAUUAUUUUGUAUUAUGUUAAAUAUAGGAUAUCCUAUGUCAGCCGACAAAAUCUCUAUUAAAGAAAAAUUGUAUAUUCAAUAUAUGAGUGUGACUUGUAAGUGUGUUAAAUUGUUUUGUAAUUCUUAAGUCUGAGAUAGUUAUUUGACAAAACGUGUUAAUUAAUAGUUAAGUAACCGUUAUAUUCACAUAACUUGUCCCUCCUUUAACUUCCUCAUUGUCCCUUUUCUAAUGUUAUCCUCUACCACUGUAAAUCUGUUCAGCUUCAUAGGUAAAUAUUUGUACUGUUCUGAUUCUUGAGUCAAACAAACCUGUUAAGUAUUGUAAAGGUUGUCGAGGUCAUUAGUAGUAAUUGUUAUAUAUAUAUACCGAGACCUGGUUUUAAAUAAUAUCUGUUUUAAGAAGUAUAUAUAUAUAUAUAUAGUAGUGCAUUUGUAUUGGGGUAGUUAUGAUAUUUGAAUAUAUUUAGCCUGAAUUAAGAUGUCUAUUAGUUUAUCAAAAUACUUACAAAAUGUACCUAUUAUCAUUAUCGUUUAUGAUAAUGAACAAAAUAUAAUAUGAAAAAGUUUA